CGGCGGGCGGCAGUAUGGACGCGGCGCUGCUCGUUCUGGCUGCCGUGCUCCUCGCCGUCCUCCUCUUCUUCGCCACCCGCCUCCGGGGCCAGGCGAGGGCAGCUGAUGAGGAACACCAGCAAAAUGUGGUGGCAGCAGCUGCAGCAGUGCCCAGACCUCGGCCCCAAACUGAAGAACGAGGGGAUGGGAUGCCAAGGCGCCGAAGGAACAUGGGAAAUCGGAUGAUGGCCCAGAGGAGAGCACAGCAAGCACAAGCAGAAGACUGGGCCGAAGAGGAAGAUGAGGAGGAGGAGGUGCCAGAAUUUCAGGUGUCUGGCAAAAUCGGAGCAAAGAAACAGAGGAAAUUAGAAGAGAAACAAGCCAGAAAAGCACAGAGAGAGGCUGAAGAAGCAGAACGAGAAGAACGGAAAAAGCUUGAGUCAAAGAGAGAGGAGGAAAGGCGGAAAGAAGAGGAGAGAAUACGUCUUGAAGAAGAACGACAGGAAGAGGAAAAAAGGAAGGCAAAGGAAGACGAGGAGAAGAGAGAGUAUGAAGAGUACCUGAAGCUGAAGGAGAGUUUUGUAGUUGAAGAGGAAGGAGUUGAAGAAUCAAUGACAGAAGAAGAGUCUCGUAGCUUUCUACUAGAAUUUCUCGAAUAUGUCAAGAAAGCAAAAGUAAUUCAGCUGGAGGACUUGGCUUCUCAUUUAGGUUUAAGAACACAGGAUGCAAUUAACAGAAUCCAGGACUUGAUGGCAGAUGGCACUUUAACAGGUGUGAUUGAUGACAGAGGAAAGUUCAUCUAUAUCACCCCAGAGGAGAUGGCUGCAGUGGCUCGGUUUAUCAAACAGAGAGGACGGGUCUCCAUUGCAGAACUGGCCCACGCAAGCAAUUCCCUGAUCAACCUCCAGCCUGACAGUGGAGCUGUCGCUCAAACAGUGGCAUAAAAGUGCAGCUUGAAAGUACAGCAGGAGUUUUAACCUGAUAGUGACUAGGCCAUAUAAUUAGAAACAAACAAAGAAACCUCCGAUCCAUUCACAGUUAUUUCAGAUAAGACGUUCUUUUAAGCACUAGCUGCAAGACUUUGCUAAAGUUUUGCUUUUGAUUCUGUUAAACAGUUGUUAUGAAAUUGGACUGUCGUUUGUACAGCAGAUGCUAGUCAAGAACUUGGGGCUCAACCACUCUGCUGCACCUCUACACCAGAAAUUUCAGUAAUUUGUAGCUGGGAUUUUUUUUUUUUUUUUUUUUUUAUCUUGGCAGUCAGUCCCGCGUGAACGUGCCGAUCUUCUCAUUGUUUCCAGGUCCGUGUGUCAGUAUCAAAUAUGUUUGAUCUUGAUUGCAUUCAGGAUUCUCUAGGCUUGCUCUGAACAUGCUGAGCUGUAUAAUUUUGUGGCAAUGAUGAAUACAGCCUGGAACAUUAGGUCUGUGGGGAUGAAGCUUGCAGAUUUUUUUCUUCUGCAUGAACAUUGGAAGGACGUAGAAAAAAAAAGUACAAAUUUGUUCUUGCUGAAAUGAUAAAACUUUCCGGAGUGCGUGCUAUUUUGUGAAAACUUCCUAAGGCAGUUUCAGAAAGCUUUUGCCAUAUAAAUACUUUCGCCAUAUAAACAGCUGUUUGGUUUGGUUUGUAUAAUGCCAAAAGCUUGCUUGCAGCCAAGCUGUGAUAAUGUCUGUAGCCAAAAGACACAAACAUCUCCAGAAAACGGCAAAUUCCCCUGAUUCAUUGUGCAGGCCAAUUCUGCUGCUAUCAGCUGGGUUCUGAUGGUUUGUCUUUUGAAGUGAGAGCCAGCUCAGUGUGCCUGAAGGCCUCGGACCCCUGUGUUUAAUAAUUUAAAAAGAGGAGGAGAGGGGGAGACACCAGUUUCAGGGACUAUGAAUCAUGCAAUUAAUGUUACAAGUAAAUGAUUAUUAAUAAUUUUUCGUAAUUGUAGGGAGUCAGUGUAUUUCUGCAUAAGAAAUACUUAUUUUCUAAUAGCCUAAUAGAUUUUUUUGUUAUUUUUCCUUCCGAAAUGAACAGAAUCUACCAGGUUAUACAGUAGUGCAGUAAGGGGAUGGGUUGAUUUUGUCUAUGCCAAGCUCGGAGGUGAAUUGACUUGAGUGGAAGCUGGUGUUAUCAGUGAGAUGAGAUGGCAGUAAAACAAUGGAAGGAAGCACGUUUCCUGUGUAACCUCUGCGUGCUACCCUGCAGGAAUGCUGAGUUACAGUGCAGCACCAACAGCAAUGUGAAGAUUGGUAUGUCUCUGCUCUGUUGCAAAACUAACCAGGAAAGGGAUUACUUGAUAUUUGAGGCUUCUCUCUAAAUUAUUCAAAAUUUGAUUUUUUUGCCCUUUGUAUCUGGGUGGUGUUCUGUCCUAGGCUAUUCUUGUAGUAAAAUAAAUUCUCUUGAAAGAAUUGCA